UGACAAAACAUUUCAUAUAGCAGGUAGGCCAAAAUGGGAAUUUUUACUAAGGUUUCCGUGGCAGCUGGGUUUAGGUAAGGUUGUUAUAUGCAUAUAUAGGCUAUUCUGGUAAAUACGUUGAAACGUUUUUUCAAUCCCAACACUAUAUUAAUAGUGGUAAACAGUAUAAGACGAUAAUAACGAUAUGUUCGAUGAGGAUUAGUGAGACGAACUCUGUCCAGUGAUUUCGGAAUUUCCCUUGCGUUUUAGUGGAACGGCUAAACCAGCGUUCAACGGCGACUCCGGAAAGAAUUCAGUGUUGCACAACGUUGAGUUACAUGACCUAACCAAGGUGCAUUUGAUAACAAAACCUUCGGUUUCUUUGACCUGAAGUCGGGUAUCCUAAGAUGAUCAGUUGACCAUGAUGUCGACAACAGCAGGACGAAUUUUCGGUGGACUGACGCGCGCUUUUUCCGGUCGAGUGAUAUUUAAUCUGAACACCACUUCGACCGUAAGCAGACUGAACGGUGUGCGGUCUCUUGCUCUGACCUCUCAGAGGACAGCAAAGUCCACAGAUGACAAUGAAGAGAUAAACCCUGAGCCCAUCAAGUUCUCCACCAGUAAAGCCAGUCACAGAUCCUGGAAAGUUCAACAGUCCUUGGGGAGCCAAGAACAGCGACCAUGGUGGAAAGUCCUCCCCAUCAGCCUAUUAACCAUCAGCUUCCUUCUGUGGUGUGUACUGAGAGAAGAGACUGACAUCGAUGCAAAGCUGGAACAGCAUCUGUUUACCCAUUUACCAGGCUUCCUUCAAGAUGAAGAGGAGGGGGAAAAUAAACCAAGCUAACAAAUGUGGGACUCUGGAUGUUUGUAUUUUAGGCUGUAUUUAUUGUCAAGUGUCGCUCUAGUAUUUUUGACUGUGAUACUGAGUUAUUGCUUAUCACUGAAAGUGUAGCAGUGAGCCCAUCUAAUGCUAUGGAAACUCAAAAUUCUUUUUUCCCCUAAAGAAAAUGUUAUGCACCAUACAUUGGUUGAGCAUAUGUGGAUUAAAAUGCCUUUAUUUGUACUUGGGUAUGGUAUGCCUGUCUAUAAGUGUCCUUAAUUACAUAUUACUCUGUGUCUCAGAAAUACUUAGAUCAAAAUGAUUUACCUGUUGCACAUGUAUUUUCAAGCUAGUGGGACUUCAGUUCUGUGAACUGAAAGCAGGUAACCUGCUGCCAGAGAUGUCAGUCUGCUCUUGCAUUACAAAUUAGGUUAUACAAGUUAGGAUAUUUCCAGAAAAUUAAGGGACUAUUGAGUAAUGAUGCUCUGAAACUGUAUAUUUAGCCUUAGUUACCAAGUGUACAAGAUCCAGUGUUUUCGGUUGAACUGACCAUGACUCCUCGUGUUGCAGUUUUAACCACUUUUUAAAUUUAUGUUCUUAGACACACAGUACAAACACUGAUCGACCCCCCCACACACAAAAAAGAGAGUAAGAAAAAAAAAACAAAAAAACAAGAAUCUGAGGUAGCAGAAAGUUUAUUUACAGCACAACAAGAAAUCCUAUGACAUGCACACACAGGAUUGAAAGGUACAGAUUCUAAAAUUGAGUUGCAGACCUGAGAAAGGCAGUGGAAUAUUGUUUUUAGCAUUUACACAGAUUAAGUUCUACUCUACAAUGAACAGGACAGUGUUGAGAGGAAAGAGUGAAAUGACAAAUGAAGUACAAAAAAACAUGCCCAAAAC